GGUUGUUUUGGGUUUUUGAAGCGGCCGCUCGUCUGUGGGAGGGUCGCUUGUGUUUUGCUGAUAAAUAUUUUCUUUCAGCGCAGGCGGAGGGUUACUUGGAGUCGGGUUCGCUGAUCGUGCCGUGUGUGUGUGUGUGUGUGGAAGCUCGGGCUGUGAUGGUUCCCCAGGCCGUUCCCGGUCCCCGCUGCCCGGCCUCUUCAUGCCGCCGCGCCCCGCGAUCGCUCGCCUUCCACACGCGGCGUUUCCUCACCUCGAGAGCGGCGGCCACCGCCUUGGACACCAGUAGCAGCAGCGACAUAGACUCCGUGUUUAGUCGACCCGCCUCCGUCUGAAGAGAGCCAGCGUUAGAGACAGACAGAGAGAGAGAGCGCGAGGCCUCGGUGAGGAGCGCCGGACCACUCGGGACCGGACAUAACAAACCCGUCGGGUCCGCCAGUGUCAAGUGUUGCACUCAUUCCUCAGACCCACAAGUGGAGUAAGUCAACUUUACCAAGAUGAAGCUGUUGGAAAAUACAAGCUUUGAGGCGAUUAACUCCCAGCUUACCAUUGAAACUGGUGACUCUCAAAUUAUAGGGCGGAUAGAGAGCUAUUCCUGCAAAAUGGCAGGUGAUGACAAGCAAAUGUUUAAACAGUUCUGUCAAGAUGGACAGCCCCAUGUCCUGGAAGCCCUUUCCCCACCUCAGACUACUGGAAUUAGUCCAAACAGGUUGAGUAAGAGCCAAAGUGGUGAUGAAGGAGAGGGACCACUCUGUGACAAGUGUAGCCGCAAGACACUCUUCUACCUGAUUGCUACACUCAAUGCAUCGUUCCGCCCGGAUUAUGACUUCAGCACGGCUAAAAGCCACGAGUUCAGCAAGGAGCCCAGUUUGAACUGGGUGGUGAAUGCUGUGAACACCAGCUUGUUUUCUGCUGUCGGAGAGGAAUUUAACACAUUGAAACCCCAGCUUUGGGAUGCUAUUGAUGAAGAGAUUUGUCUGUCAGAGUGUGAUAUUUACAGCUAUAAUCCUGACCUGGACUCUGACCCAUAUGGUGAGGAAGGAAGCCUUUGGUCUUUUAACUACUUCUUCUACAACAAGAGACUCAAAAGAAUUGUGUUCUUCACGUGCCGCUCUCUAAGUGGGUACUUGUACAGUCAGGGCACUGAAACCAGCAACAACUUUGAUAUGGAUCUGGAAGAUGAAGCCCUCCUUAGUCAGGAUGAAGAUGAGGAUGAAACAGAAGCAAUUGAAGAGACCAGGUACCAGGCAGUGUGCGUCUAAACAAUGAACACGUCACCCACUCUUCAGCACCUUUGCUUCCUGUAACCUCCAAACUGACUGCAACUGUGUGAAUCUGAAAGACCAACAUUUUCCUCAUUUUAAUCUCAGGCAUUUAAACUUAUUUUUGUCUCUGGUGCAGAUCUGUUGGUAGACUCUGAGAUUUGAGAGUAUUGCACCAGAAAUACUCAGGAGGCCUUUGGUUUUUAAAUGGCUGCCUCCAGUCUUUUGACCCAGGAUUUCCAGAGUGGAUGAGUCAUUGUAGCAAUUCGUUUUGACUCCAUUGCUGAUAUUCAUCUCUUGUUACAUACAUUAUCUGGCAUGUUUAGGAAGCCAAGUGAACAAACUCUUGCCUUCUGUGAGAAGAAAGGAUGAGCACAUCAGUGUAAUCCAUGGACGAGGGUCAGCUUUGCACUUACAAGCUCAUGGCUGUUGUGAAGGAUUUUUAUUUUGGCACAACUGAACUCUGAAAAUCAGCACACUGUCAACUUCCUGGUGAUUCCUACAAAGUGCCCGACAUCCUCCCCCCUCCUCCCCCUCUCCUUCAGCACCUGUUUGAUAUCCUGUGCUGCUGGUUUUUAGCUAAGUAUAUGGAUUGCAAUGGACUCAAUCAGGUUCCAUACCCCAAGGACAACUGAUUAAUAAUCACUUUGUUUUGCUUUUAAAGUGCUUGUGCUCUCUUCUCCCAUGCUGAAGUAUUUCUCAACCUCCCUUCGCCCCUUUUUUGUUCAGAAACCAUUCUGAUACUUUUUCUUAUUCAACUAUUGACAAUUAGAUUUUUGCUGUUCCUCAGUCUGUUUCUAAAUUAGAGCUUGCAAUAUGGCAGAGCCCACCACACUCUCACCCUGUAAAGUUUUUUUUAAGUUAAUGUUUUGGUUAACAAGUAAAUAUUGUACCAGCUUAAAUGCUUUGAGUAUGUUAGAAAUAUAUUUUUGAUUUUUCUUCUAGUCAUUAAGGGAAAAUCUUUGGUUUGAGAUAAGAUGAGGUCUCGCUUUUGCAAUCUGUUAUGAAACUCUCUGUAUUACAAGGGGCUAAGGGAGUGUUUCCACUGGAUCAUGUCAUCAGGCUAAAACUUUGAAAAAUUGGCUCCAAGCACUUGCAGAAAAUCCUCAUAUUUCACUUCAAUAGUGAGUCUUUGGUUGGAGCUAGGCAACAGCAAUGGGAUGGGAGCUUUAUUGCUGUCCUGAAUUUUAGUUGUUCCUCUGAACUAGAUCAUACUAUACCCACUAAUGUCACUUCAAGAUGCAUCAGUUCCCAAUAUCACAGCUUUCUGCAUUUCUGUGCCCAGUGGGAUGACUUGGGUGUAUUCUAAUAUAAUCCAGUUUGAUGCAGUUUCAAUUUGCUUGGAUUAUACCAAUCAUCUUUGUGUAAGGAGGCAGGGGAACAUUUUGGGAAGUAUUUUCAAAUUCAAAACAUUGUUUCUCUGUAUAGAGGUACUGUGCAUAGGAGAGGCUUCAGGUUUCAUGACUUACCAUUGCGAAAUAGAAAAUAUACACUACCCAUUUUCUGACUAGUCCAAAGUAAAGCUUGUUUGUUCUCCCUGUCCUUCCACUUGCUGGUCCCACUUUCUGAACCUCCCUUCAAAACUGAAAUAAUAUGCCGCCUUUGAGUGGUCUUUUUCAAAAAAGUUCUAAGGUUUGAGGCAGUAGGAAUACAGGAAUUGUAGCAGAAGUAGAUGACAGGAAUUAUUAAGUCCGUUCUCCCAUUCAGUAUAACCAUGCUGAUUGUCUGCAUCCUCCACUUUCCUACUACAUCCCUAUUUAAUCUCUCCGAACAUUCUUGGUCUUGAAUAUAUUCAAUUAAAAAAAUUCACAAUCCUCCAGGCUAGUGUUCCAAAAAAUGUAUAAUCCGUCACUUUGACAUACUGAGCAAGUGCUUAGGUUUGUGAUCAGAUUGCUUCACCCUUCCUGUCUGGAUGGAUAGCUGCAGCAUUGUAUUACAGAAGGCAGUGAAUACUUCCUCUGCAAUCCAUUGCUUGCAGUCAUUCACAAGUGCUCUCUCUGCUAUUUGAACUCACUGAACUUAAAAUCUGAAUAUAGUUCUCUGUUGGAACAGGCACAGAUUCCAUCGUUCACCCGUCAGCGAUAAGUGUGAGAUCACCAUUUUGUUUUUACUGCACUUCCCUCUUUUUUUAAAAAAUCCUUAAUGCUGCUUCACCUGUUAGUUUUGCUGAGAUUCAGGAAUUGAAAAGCCUGCAGUCUAGAUACAGUGCUUACGCACAUAACUGAACCCAUCUUCAGCUUUUUGUAGCUGACUUAGAACAUUUGCACUUUUCUUUUUGUAUGCCUAGUUUAUAGAAUGUGUAAUAUUUCUACAAGUCUGUCAAAAUCCUGUAAGCUCUUUAUAUUAGAAGAGAAACAUAGAACAUUUGAGGCAGUGUGUUCACAUGAAGUGCCAGAGUUGGGCUUGUUUAAUAUCUUUUUAUUAAAGUUGAUCACCAGCAUUGUUAAGCUUGUCCAUUAUGGCAUCUUUCCAUUGGCUAAUGGAAAUGAGGACAAAGUGCACCAUGUGAGUUCAAUGUAAUCUUCAGAAAUGACUGGUGUUUGUAUAAAGCAAUGUUCAGCUACUUCCUUGCAUUAGCGAUAGGGGAAGCUGGUGCUCCGACCUCCCCUAAGCUAACUUUCUAAUGUGAGCCAAUAUUUGUAAACCAAAAGCAUAUCUCAUUGCUGUGCUUGUGAUUUGUUUUUUAAUUUUGUCUACUAAGGUUCAUUGUCAGAUCAGUACGUAAGUUAGUUCAUAGGAAUUGCUAGAUGAAAAAACACUGCAGUCUGUCCAGUUUAUCUUUUUCUUUUUGACUAUCCUGCUAGUUAUUGAUAUAAUUGUAAUAGAGUUAGUGACCAGUCAGCAAUCAAUAUCUAUCAAUUUAAUCUGCAACUGACCCACACAGGAGGAGUGUUUUUUUUUUUGGCAGCUGUAGGUCUAGAGCUGCCUCUUCUAUCGAGCACACUGAACACACCUAGUCACAUCCUGAGUUGGGCAGUGAACCAGAAAGGGUCACAACAAAGGGAUAAGUGACAAACUUCAAAGUUAAGCUGCACUCCUCUGUUGGGUAACCCUGGACUUGGCUGCGUUAAAGCAUCUUCCAAUCUUGGUUUUUGAACUUUUCAAAAAAAAACCUUUGGCCUGAUUAACAAGGUUGGUUGGUUCAAAAUGAGAUCAGUGUGUUCUGGUGCCUCUCUCUAAAGAGUGAUUGAUUGUAAACAUAGGCUCCAAACUGUAUGGACUACCUUGAAUUGGUUUUUCUCCAAUUUGCCACCCUUUGAAUCAGUUUGUAAGCUGUCUUGCUGUUGAGUCAGAAGCUCAAGGGUUUGAGCCCCACUACAGCAGUCAGUGCUGAGAGAGUGCCUUGCAAAUCAGACUUAGUGCUGAGGCAUUAUCUUUUUGAUAAUGUGAAUCCAAGCUGCCAGCACAUCCUGACUAAGUUUGAAAGAUCCCCUGCCAUGUUUCAACAGGUGUAAGGACAUUUUGGUGUCCUGGAUAACCAGUAUCCCUCAGCCAAAACGUUACUUGGUCCAUUGCCUCCUUGUUUGGCACCUUGUGUUGUGUACAAGUUGGUUAACAUUUCCCUAAGUUCCCCCAGUGAUUCACUUGGGAUUGGACAUAGAAGAAAUUACUUCAGCCUGUCUUCAAACAGGCAUUCAGUAACUCUGAAUUGAGCGAGGCUAUUUGGCAGGUCACGCACUGAAACAGUUGGAGCAGUUUGGUAUUGCCCAUUGAUCACUUUUUAAAGGCAUGUGGAUCCCACCUCCGUAUUGGGCUGAGAUCGUCACACUUUUUGUGUUGUACCUUAAGCUGGUUCUCAUACAUGUUAUCUUGCAAGGCAGUGUUUUUUUGGCGAUUUAAUUUCCCCCACACACAGCUAAUGUCACUUGCUAAUAUUGGUUUCCUUCAGUUUACGGGAUAGAAGCUACAGGUUAUGUUUAGGUCUCUUUGACACUCUCUUGUAAUUGAGAAAUUAUAAUCUUUCAAUGUCGAGCUCCGACUGUUGACACGGAUUGGAGUGUAUCAUUUUGUGCAAGUCGAUGCAAAUUGCAACCCUGUCUUGUGAACCAAGCAACCACCUGUCCAGCCAUCCGAGUGGAAGCUGCUCAAAGCACCAGUUCUGAGAAGCCAGCAGCCUUUUGAUAUGCAAAUUAAAAACUUUGCAAGUUAUGAUUCAUAAAAUUGAGGAGGUUUAAUAUGGAAAGAGGAAAUGCUGGUUCUACUGUCAAGACAGUUGAUAACCACACAGCUGGAUUGCUAAUUUGAUAUAAAUAGCAAAGAGGGAUGAGUGUUUUUGUCUAUGAUCGAGAGUCAACUGUCACAACAAUGCGGUGGAAGCAAAUUGAAUUCAAUUCAGAAGGAAAUGUGUCCUCUACUUAAAUGGUUGCAAGGUAAUAAGAUUAAUUGGUAACAUCUGACUGCUGCGGAGGCUUGCUGGCCUGCAUAGUCUCCUGGGCUCUAAUUCCAGAAUAAGUAGGUUCAAAUUGUAGUCAGAUUCUCAGUCUGAGAUUUUUCAUCUUUGGAAGACCGUGGCUGCGAUGUACCAACUCUUGUUAAAGGGAUGGAAGACUCUGAGUUUCUUUAUUGCACUGAUUAUUUAAGGGCUGUGUCACUAACUCCAUGUGUGCAGCAUUUUAAAGUUCUUGUGUUUGCUAUUGAUUUUCCAUGUUUUACUCUGGUCUCAUCUGUUCACACAACAAAUAAAACAUGCUUUGCUUGCCAAUCA